GCAGAGCAUCAGCCGCUGCAAUGAGGGUGCUAAUAGGCGGUGGAACGGGCUUCAUUGGGAAGGCCUUGACUCAUCUGCUGCACUCCAGAGGCCAUGAGGUGACCGUGGUCUCCCGCCAGCCUGGUGCCCAUCGGAUUACUUGGAAUGAGCUUACCAGCUCUGGGUUGCCCCCCUGUGAUGCUGUGGUCAACUUGGCUGGGGAGAACAUCCUUAACCCCUUCCGAAGGUGGAAUGAGGCCUACCAGAAGGAGCUUCUCAGCAGCCGUCUAGAUACUACCUACAUGUUGGCCACAGCCAUAGCCGGGGCCACACAACCCCCUCAGGCCUGGGUCUUGGUCACAGGCACAGCUUAUUACCAGCCCAGCCUGACUGCAGAGUAUGAUGAGGACAGCCCUGGUGGUAAUUUUGACUUCUUCUCAAACCUGGUGUCCAAAUGGGAAGCGGCAGCCAAGAUCCCUGGGAAUGACACACGCCAGGUGGUGGUUCGCUCUGGUGUCGUGUUGGGCCGUGGGGGUGGUGCCAUCAGCCACAUGCUACUGCCCUUCCGCCUAGGCCUUGGUGGGCCUAUUGGUUCAGGCCAACAGUUCUUUCCCUGGAUCCACAUUGAAGACCUGUCAGGAAUACUGGUCCAUGCCAUCGAGAAGAACCAUGUCAAAGGGAUUCUGAAUGGGGUUUCCCCAGCCUCCUCCACCACCAAUGCUGAGUUUGCCAAGGCCCUGGGUACUGCCGUAGGCCGCCCUGCCUUACUCCCUCUGCCCAGCCCUGCUGUCCAAGCAAUCUUUGGGCAGGAACGUUCUGUUAUGCUGCUGGAAGGCCAGAAGGUGAUACCUCGGAGGACUUUGGCCAGUGGCUAUCAAUAUACCUUUCCAGAGCUGCAGGCUGCCCUGAAGCAGGCUGUGUCCUGAAGGCACUUAAAGGUCUUUUUCUCUGAUAGGAGCUAUUUGUACAGAACCUGAUCUGGUAUAUGUAAUUCCUUAAGCAUUUUGUUGAGGCUCUGACAUUCUGUCUAUGUGUAUGUUUGUGCGUAUACAUAUAUAUAUAUAUUUAUUUAUUUGUAUGUGCAAAUACCUACAUACCUCUUUAUCUUAUUAUAUUAUUGAUAGAUAGCUCACCUUUUUUCUAUGUAUACCUUUCUUCCUUCUCCUCCUCCACAACUGUAAUUCUGGGGAUAAUGGGCAGAAGGACUUCUAGUCUUUCCUAAUCUUAGACCUUUCCCAGAAAUCUUUGGCCCCUCCCACAAACUAGACACUAUGUGAGGGUACCAAUGAACAGCAUUUGGAAAGGGCAACAAAAGGAAUUUAGAGGGAGAAAGGGGCUGUGUAUAAUAUGCCAUAUAGACAGACAAGUCACCUGUUUUAACCAACUUUUGUUUGUAUUCUCUGGCCUUCCCACAAGAUUUCUUAAAUAAACUGCCAGAAAGUCCAU